CUUUAAUCCUCUUGAUGUGUAAAGCUAACAGCGUGACAUUAGAGGAUUGUCCAAUGCAUUGAGUGUCAACUACGGUUUAGCCAUCGAAUGCAUGCCACCGAUCAUAGCACUCUUCCUUUCUAUGUCGAUGUAUCUCAACGCAAUUUUUAACACAAAAAAGAUGAGGGAUGUACUCUUGUUCAUUAAAAAUAACCACAAUUACUAUGCGAAUCGUCCAGAAAAGCUGAUUCUUCGGUAUUAUGACGUACAAGGAAGAAAAAUUACACUUUAUUAUGCCUUAUACGUUUACACAACAGUGGUGGCUUACAUAACGAUACCAGCAAUAUCGCUGCUAAUCGAUUUCAUUAUACCCUCGAAUCAUUCAGAAGAGAAAAGCUUUCCAAUUGAACUCGAUUAUGGCGUGGACACACAACAAUAUUUUUAUUAUCUGUUCAUACAUUCAUACAUGACAAUAGCCAUGAUUGCCAAUUUAAUUGCAUCUUGUGAUACUACGUACAUGCUAUACGCCCAACAUGGCUGUGCUUUGUUCGCAAUUGUGAGUUACGAAUUGAGAACUGUGCACAUUUUGGAUGCGAGUAGUUUGAUAAAUUUAAAGGAUUAUCGUUUAUUAGAAAGCUACAAAAAUACCGAAUUAUUGCCGGAAGAAGAGAAGAAAAUUUGUACGAAACUGUUUCUUUGUAUAAAAGAAUAUCAAAAUGCAAUAAGAUACUGUAAUCUUGUCGAAUCAUUGUUCGCCAAAUCCAUAUUCGUUCAAUUGUUCUUUAACGUUGUCUGCCUUAGCAUUGCAGGAGUCGAAACUGUAAUGAAACUAGGCAAUGCAGCUGAUACGAUACGAUUUGGAUCAUUUACAUUCGCGCAAGCUGCUCACAUAUUCGUUCUCUGCCUUCCUGGGCAAAGAUUAUUGAAUCACAGCGAAGAGGUGUACAACGCGGCAUGCGAGGCUAUGUGGUAUAUAUUUCCUAAAAGGUGUCGUAAUUUAUAUAAAUUUUUACUCGCAAGGACUUUAGUAUUUAGCAAAAUCACAGCUUUCAAAGUAGCGACCAUGUCAAUGGAAACUUUUCUCGCGAUUAUUCAAACAGCAAUGAGUUAUUUUACCGUGUUGCUUUCAACUACAUGAACUUUUAACGAAAUUAAAAAGCAGUAUAUUUUAGUUGCAUAUUUAAUAAAUAUCGUAGGGGUUUAAUAGAUAAAGAGAUUGCUUUCAUUUUAUUUCUGCGAUAAAUAUAAGGAUACGUUUUAAAAAACUCAGGGUACAACAACUGGCAUGUUUAGCAACACCAGUAUUAGAAAUAGAAAGUAAAACACAAAACAACAAUUAAGUAUUAAAGUAAAGGCAAUAUAUGAUGCACGCAUAUUGAAACUCGCACCUUAUCUUGACUUUGAUCUCCUUCUUGGUUUUUCCGUUCUCCUCGUUGCGUCACGGUGAUUGAAUUUUUGAAUGCAAAGAUUCGGUAAGUACAGGUAAGUGUAUAUGCGCGUUAUUCUUCUCGAGGUGCAUACAUAUAUGUAGUGACAGUUAGUGAAUUUUACAGCAUACUGCAUGCUACGUGUACAUCAUGUAAUCAUAAACAACCUCGAAUUAUUAAAUCGGCUUGACGACUUUUUCUCGUCUUUGAACAUGCCAAUAAUCCUGGCCAUUGCGUAUGGGACAGCUUUUCUUCCCUUGUUUGUCCGAGCUAUAAUCAAAUCAGGAGUUGUUGAAUCCCAGUAUUUUAAUUUGAAUCUUUUCUCCAAAAGUUUGCAUAGAAAAUGAUUGUCUCAACGAAAAAUCCACGGAAUCCAUCUUAAGGAUCCAUUUUAAAGAUCGUUUUAAAAAGAAGAUUCGAUCAAAACUGUAGAAAGACUGACUAGGCUUCGAUUUCGAUGAUAUUUCGACAUGUUGUAGAAGUCAAUAUUUCAAUCAACUUUUUCGUAUACAUAUAAGGGGCGAACUCGCAUAAAUUUCGUCGAGAAAUAUUUGCGAAAAGUUACCAGUAUCACUGCA